AUGACUCUCACAGGAGAUACUUCUGACAGCCAUGGCGCCUCGAGACCAGAGUCCGAUGCCACCACCUCCACCUCCCAACUCCCCGGUUCUGAAGCGCUGCAGGAAUUGAGAGUCCGGCUGAAGUCUGGUCUAAGAAUAUAUCCAGAUUUUCCAAAGAAAGGCAUUUUGUUCGAAGAUAUCCUCCCGCUCCUUUCUUCCCACACGCUCCACCAAGACCUUAUCCGAGCGUACGAGCUACUCAUCCUUGAGGCCUUUGGCCCCCAGAAUACUCCCGAUGUGAUCGUUGGCCUGGACGCAAGAGGUUUCCUCUUUGGCCCGACGCUCGCCUUACGACUUGGAGCCGGUUUUGUCCCGGUCAGAAAAGCUGGCAAGCUUCCUGGCAAGAUUGAAACAGCGCAGUUCGAGAAAGAAUACGGCACGGAUACCUUCGCCAUGCAGAGCGAUGCGAUCGUGCCGGGCCAGAAAGUUCUUGUUGUCGACGACCUUAUCGCCACUGGCGGGUCGGCUUCAGCAGCCGGCACUCUGGUGGAAAAAUGUGGAGGAGUAUUACUCGGUUACGCUUUUGUCAUCGAGCUUACCUUCCUCAAAGGUCGGGACAAACUCAAAGCUCCCGUGUAUACGUUGCUGGAAAGUCAAUCGGAAUAG